UCUACAAAGAAAUACUGAGUGGAGACUAUACUGAGAUUCUAUUAAAGACCCACUUGAAUUCAGCCCCCACUAGAAGAAACUUUGGCCAGAGCAACCAACACAUCACCUGGAAGUCUUCAGACUAGAGUAUUGAAGACCUCCCAAGUGCUUCCAGAAGCCAAUAAAGGAUCAUUUCAGUCUACUUCACGGCUAAGGAGUAACCCUUAAGUACCAUGGCCCAAAACCUGCAAGCAGAGUUGUCCUGUCCAGUUUGCCUGGAUUUUUUCUCCUGUCCCAUUUCUCUCUCUUGUGCACACAUUUUCUGCUUUGAUUGCAUCCAGAAUUGGAUCCUAGAAAACCAUGAUUUUAGAGCGAUGUGCCCCUUGUGUCGAGAUGUGGUGAAGGCACCUCCUUUGGAAGAAUGGCAAGUGAGAGCCAUAGCACUUAUCGCCAAGCAGCAUGAUAACCGACUGGUGCAAACUCUGCACGUGAGGGAGGAGCUCCAGCGUUUUCGGGAAGAUGUGACCCUGGAUGCAGCCACUGCCAGCUCCCUCCUUGUCUUCUCCAGUGAUCUAAGAAGCGCUCAGCGUGGGAAGAUCCACCACGACCUGACAAAAGAUCCUAGGCUGACCUGUGUCCUGGGUACUCCCUGCUUCUCCUCCGGCCGACAUUACUGGGAGGUUACAGUGGGAGAGGUGAAGUCAUGGUCCCUGGGCGUCUGCAAGGAGUCGGCUGACAGAAACAGCAGUGAUUUAUCCCCUGAGCAUGGCUUCUGGAUCAUUAGCAUGGAGGCAGGAGCAAUCCAUGCUAACACCGACCUGGAGAGAAUUCCUGCAAGCCCUAGCCUUCGUCAUGUGGGAAUUUUCCUGGAUGUUGACUUUGAAGAAAUCCAGUUUUUCGAUGUUGACAAUAAUGCCCACAUCUAUACCCAUGAUUCUUUCUUCUCUUUGGAGCCUUUGCGUCCAUUCUUCUGUCUUGAGCUCUUGGGAGAAGGGGAGAGUGGCAACGUCCUGACCAUCUGCCCAUGAGAAAAUCAGCCCUUCUUAGAAGCUUUCUAAGAGGUGAAAGAGAAUUUUCGCCUGAGAAAGGUCAGCAUGACUGAGGAAGGAAUAAUGUGCUACAGUGCAAAGACUUGGUAAAUUUUUAAAGUAGAUUUUGUAGACUUUGUAGCAAAACAAUUUUUGGAUUUUUGGGGUAAAUUUUGUAGAAUUUGUAGCUAGGUAACUGGGGUCUUUGGGGAUGUUAUUAAGUACUCUAAGCCUCAGUUUUCUGGUCUCUAGAUGGGGAUAGUUGUAUGUCAGUCAAACACCUGUGGUAAUUAGACAAUACUAUGACUUCGUCUUAUAGUAAAUGACAAGUAGAGAAAUAUUAGAUUGUAAGUAAAGUAGAUAUUAGGUUUUGUGGAUAGACAAUAUCUUUUUCAUUAUUUCAAGCUAUUUUGGGUAAUUGCUGAUAAUGUCUGAGGAGGAAGAAAAAUUAAA